AUGGCCAAGCACAUUGUUGCCACGAACUUGAACCUCCAGCCUGAAGUCCGAAUCAAAAUAGUGGGAGAUAUUGCACCUGACACUAAACCGCAAGUGGGAGAUGGGAAGGAUGAGGCAAAAUCUCCCGGAAUGAUUACGUGUGGGGCAAUGGAAAAAAAAGUGAAAAAAUUCCCCUCUGUGCCAGGGAGCAGGGCAGAGAUUUACAUAAUCUUUGAAGAGAAGCAAUUUAAAGUGAAGCUGCCUGGUGGCUCUGAAUUCACUUUCCCUAAUCAUCUUAACUUACAAUUAAUCAACUUCUUGGAAAUUACUAAGGACUUCAAGCUCAGAAUGCUGUCCUUCGAAUGA